CUCUGAUUUCUUCUCCCGAGCGAGCUCGGCAGGAGACACAGGCGCUGGCUGCCCCGUCCGCUCUCCGCCUCCGCCGCGCCCUCCUCGCCCGGGAUGGGCCCCCCCGCCACCGCCGCCGGAGCCAUCGCCUCCCGGCCGCCGCUGCCGUCGCCCCGCGCGCCCUGAAGCCUGGGCCCGCGCGUGCACCGGUUGGCCCCGCAGUCUCGCCCACUGCCCGCACCGGCCGGCCGUAGAGCGGUCACGAUGCUGCCGCCCGCGCCCUCCCGCCUCGGGCUGCUGCUGCUGCUGCUCCUGUGUCCGGCGCACGUCGGCGGACUGUGGUGGGCCGUGGGCAGCCCCUUGGUCAUGGACCCUACCAGCAUCUGCAGGAAGGCACGGCGGCUGGCAGGUCGGCAGGCUGAGUUGUGCCAGGCCGAGCCAGAAGUGGUGGCUGAGCUGGCCCGGGGCGCCCGACUAGGGGUGCGAGAGUGCCAGUUCCAGUUCCGGUUCCGCCGCUGGAACUGCUCCAGCCACAGCAAGGCCUUCGGGCGCAUCCUGCAGCAGGACAUCCGGGAGACGGCCUUCGUGUUCGCCAUAACGGCGGCGGGUGCCAGCCACGCGGUCACGCAGGCCUGCUCCAUGGGCGAGCUGCUGCAAUGCGGCUGCCAGGCGCCCCGGGGGCGCGCCCCACCCCGCCCCCCUGGCCUGCCAGGCACCCCGGGGCCCCCUGGCCCUGCGGGCUCCCCGGAUGGCAGCGCCGCCUGGGAGUGGGGAGGCUGCGGCGACGACGUGGACUUCGGGGAUGAGAAGUCGAGGCUCUUUAUGGAUGCGCGGCACAAGCGGGGACGCGGAGACAUCCGUGCAUUGGUGCAGCUUCACAACAACGAGGCAGGCCGGCUGGCUGUGCGGAGCCAUACGCGCACCGAGUGCAAGUGCCACGGGCUGUCGGGCUCGUGCGCGCUGCGCACCUGCUGGCAGAAGCUGCCCCCGUUCCGCGAGGUGGGCGCGCGGCUGCUCGAGCGCUUCCACGGUGCCUCGCGUGUCAUGGGCACCAACGACGGCAAGGCUCUGCUGCCCGCCGUCCGCACUCUCAAGCCGCCGGGCCGCGCCGACCUGCUCUACGCCGCCGACUCGCCCGACUUCUGCGCCCCCAACCGGCGCACCGGCUCGCCCGGCACGCGCGGCCGCGCCUGCAACAGCAGUGCCCCGGACCUCAGCGGCUGCGACCUGCUGUGCUGCGGCCGCGGGCACCGCCAGGAGAGUGUGCAGCUCGAGGAGAACUGCCUGUGUCGCUUCCACUGGUGCUGCGUAGUGCAGUGCCACCGCUGCCGCGUGCACAAAGAGCUCAGCCUCUGCCUCUGACCCGCCGCGCGGCUCUCCAAACGGCGCGCGCCGCCGCCUCUCGGCACCUGCGGGACCUCUGGUCUUCAGCAGGGGACGCUGUCCCGGCCCAGCUUCCCCUUGCGAAAGUCCCUCUCCCGGGCCUUUGUAAACUGUGAGGCAGGGGGGCUUGAGAUACACGCCCCUCUUUGAAGGCCCAGGGCAUGGGAGGGACCCCCGAGAGGCGUUCUGGGGGCUCUUAAGGGAGACUAUACAGCCCCUGUGUUUCCUUGGCCCUCAGAUGGAAACCAAAGAGCCAGUCUCUAGGCCUCUGGAUGCCGGAUGCCUCAGAACUGCUGGCCACGGGGUGGGUGGGUAAGUUUAGUAUCAAUAAAGAUAUUUAAACCAAAA